AUGAGCGCGUGGAGAGUUCCGAGUCAGGCAGGUCGGCCGAAGAAACGGCGGAAACAGGGGGUCGCAGCGCCUCAACGAAAGUCGCGUUGCUCUGCUUGUGGUCAAGUUGGGCACUACGCUACGACUUGCGAAGCCCCAGACACUAUGUACGUACCUCUACCGGAAAAUCGUUUGGGAGUGAGGUGA